UACUGCGCCAUAGGCAUUACGUUACGUUAGCUCGGUGGGGUGGCUAGAAGAAAGCUAGCUCGCAGCUUAGAGGAGCGAGUCGCUUGUGCUCUGAAGAGACGGCUUAAGUAACAAUUUGCCCGAUUUUACCGAAAGCAAGACAUUUUACUCGUAAAGGUCGUGUAUAAAUCGCGAGGGGCGAAGGUGAAGGUCAAGACACCAGCCCAACCAAACUGACCCCAGCCCACAGUGUCAAACGUCAGGCAGACGACAGCCCUGCACACAGACGCUAUGGAUCGUUCGCCCUCCACCUCCAGCCUCAUGGCCAGCAGCAACGUCACCAACAAGACCGACCCGCGCUCCCUCAACUCCCGGGUCUUCAUUGGCAACCUCAACACCCUGCUAGUCACCAAGGCAGAUGUCGAGGCCAUCUUCUCCAAAUACGGCAAGAUCGUAGGCUGCUCUGUCCACAAGGGGUACGCAUUCGUUCAGUACUCCAAUGAGAGGAACGCCCGAGCUGCUGUCGCCGGGGAGGAUGGGAGGAUGAUUGUUGGACAAGUGCUUGACAUCAAUCUGGCUGGAGAACCCAAACCACACAGGUCAAAAACCACCAAACGCUCCGCUGGAGACAUGUACAGCAGUUCCUCAUUUGACCUCGACUAUGACUUUCAGAGAGAUUAUUACGAUAGAAUGUACUCGUACCCCUCCCGUGUUCCUGCUCCCCCUCCCCCCUUGUCGCGGGCUGUCAUCCCAUCCAAGCGCCCGCGGGUCAGCCUCAGGGGAGGAAGGAAGCGGCGCAACAAGAGCGGAGUUUCCUCCAAGAGCAGCCAGCGGAUCUCCUCUUCCAGAACAAUGAAAGUGGAUGAGCUGCAGACCAUCAAGAGGGAACUGACCCAAAUCAAAAGCAAAGUGGAUGACCUGCUGGACAACUUGGAGCGCAUGGAGAAGGACCACAGCAAGAAGUCUGAAGCUAAGAGCAUGAAAACGGAGCCAGGAGAGGUGACAUCACCUCCACACACAAGCAACAAGAAGGAUGAUGGGCUGAAGAGGGAGAGGGAGAGCCAGGAGAUCAAUGACUCGGAUGAGGAGGAGGAAGAGGAGGGAGAUCUGCUGGAGGAGGAAGAGGUGAGGAAGGGGUCAUCCAGGAACCCUUUUCACAAAAGCAUUGUGAAGCGGGUGAAGAGUCGGGAGAGGGAGGAGGAGGAGGAAGACGAGGAGGAGGAGGAGGAAGAAGGAGAGCAUGUGGAAGGUGACGACGACGAUGCUGAUAGUGUCAACGGGGAAGAGGACUCGUAAGAUCGGUCCACACCGACGCAUGCAGCGUACACUCGGCAUCUCGCAACAACUCGGACUCGUAUUUUAAACACUCAUAUUGUAGAUACAAAAAGCAUAGGUGCACACAGACACAAGCAUGGUGCACAGUCUGUCAUUACGUUGUCCCUAAGGCUGAUUUGUUUUGUUUUAUUUUGCCCAGUAUCACUGUAACAGGAGUAACUAGCUGUAAUUUUGGGUUUGUGUUUUUACUGCGUAGUUGUUUGUCUUCAGGAGGAGGCACAAAUGUGGACUGUAAAUGUUCUCAGAGACGACAGCUCGACGGACAUGUCUUGAUGCAAGCACAGGAGCUCAGCUACAAAAGACUGUUUUUAGGUUCAACGUGUUUGUUUGGCCUUGUGUGUCUGUACUAUGUCAGUUUUUUAUACUAUUUAGUUUAACUGUCAACAAAUAAAUUGCGAUAAAAUAUUAAAA